AUGUCAUCACCCCUUUCCGCCCGGCCCUACCGGUCAAAGCGUCACCGACCUUGCGAUCAAUGCCGGUCCCGAAAACUAGGAUGCCAAACAGACACAGGCCUCCCUUGCCAGCGAUGCCGAGCUGCCAAGCUAGAUUGUACGUUCGAUAACCCACCGCCGAAGCGGGCGCGUCUUUCAGAGUCGCUUGCGCUUUCCCCAGCGACCAUCGAUAAUUUGCCGUUGCCCAUUCACGGCGAAGGCAGCAUUUUUUCCGGUGACCCUUCCCAAGUCCGAAGUGCCUCUGGAAGCGUUGAAUCCGCCUUUCCGUCGCUUGAUCUUGGCCAAUUCCGUGGGCCGUCGCCAGAAUCUGGAAUAUUUUUAGCCAACCGGCCACCAACUCAGUUCGUGCAAAGUAUCGAUCAGCUUGAUCACGGCCAUGCACAGUUGUUUGGGGCAUCGGCAGAGUCCGAUCCCUGGCUACUCAGACAUUGCCGUUUCGAUGAUUCUGGCAUGAAAUAUUUCUACAAAGUACAUUAUCGCAAUGCCGGGGGAGUCCCUACUGCACAACGGAUACCGGUUCACUUUAUGAUUACAUCCGACGAUCUCUCGACUGCAAUGAAACAGGAAACUCGGGCAGGCAUAGGCGAAGUGACAAAAGAACAUCUUGAUUGUCUUGUCCCUCGGGAGUAUGGAAGAAGGCUAGUUGCACUGUUUGUCAAGUAUGUGUUUCCUGCACUGCCAGUCAUUUCACGCUCCCAGCUUGGGUUGACCACAGCGUCGCAUCAGCUCCCAGAGCUAGAAGCUUUGGGAAAGGUACCCGUGCAUCUCCUGGCGGCCGUAUAUGCAUCCGCAUUACCAUUCGCUGCCCAUGACGACUAUCUCUGUGUGUUGAGCACAUAUCGCGCAUCUCCAGUGCAAAGACUGUGGCGCAUGGUCUAUGAGAUUAUAUCGGAGGAGAUCCACAGUCCUCGCCUGGCAGUGUUACAAGCUGCUUUGCUUUACAUUCACCAACAACCCACGGGUGACGCACGAUUUACGACCGCUGAUACUCCAUUUAUGUGGUCCUUUGUAGGUCAGAUUGUCGGCCUAGCAUGCUCCCUCGGCAUUCACAUCGAAUGCCGCAUGUGGGGGAUCCCGGCAUGGGAGAAACGCCUGCGGCGUCGGCUGUGGUGGGCGGUCUAUGCCGAAGAUAAAUGGCGCAGUUUACUAAUGGGGCGCCCUCCCUAUAUACACUCGGCCGAAUGGGACGUAAGUGAACUCGACGAAGGUGAUUUUUUGGUCGGCCCUAGGCAAGGAUUUUCAACAUCCUCUUGUGACACCGAUAUCCCUUUCCGGUACCUUGUGAACUUGGCGAGGAUUGCCGAGGAAAUCCAUGAAACAUUCUACACACUGAGAGCUUCUCAGAUUCUAAAUGCAAACUUUGAAUCUUCGAGCGAACUGGGCCGGGAGCUCUUAGCGAAGCUGAAUUUGUGGUAUUCGUCUCUGCCGGAAAACUUUCGUUUGCCAAAUUGGAACAAGUCGGUGCACGGAUUAGCACCGUAUCCCACUUCCAUCCAUUUCGCGUAUUUGUUACUCGUCGUUUACGUGUACCGUGCCAUGCUUCGACCAAUGGCACGCUCAUCUAGCCCUCCAAUGAUAUUUGAUCUGGAGGAAAUGGCGACCUCGCCGUUGCCGGUGGAUGAUUCCAUACUGGAUUUUACGGACACACCAAUGCUCGAAUCGUUGCCUGAGGUAUCCAUGCCGGAUGUAUAUUGCAACUGUGAAAUAACUUUGCAUGCGGCCGAAAAGUGCGCCACGAUUUUGGUCCACUUUACUCGAAGACUAACACCCAGUGACUUCGCCGGUUUUUGGUAUUCUUGUGAGUUCAAUAAUGCGACUUCAAAUACACUUGUCUUUGCUCACCCCACUCUAGGGUCACGCAUUGGCUUUGCGAUUGUUUCAAAUUUUUUGAUGUUGUUGCUCGUGCAAGCCCCCAAUGCGACCCAUGCAAUCCGAGGAAAACAGUUGGUAGAGUCAUGGCUGCAGGUCUUGCGGUGUCAGAGUCAAAGUUUCCCGCUCGUUAAGCUUGGCUUGGCUCGUCUUGAUGCUUUGCAGUGGGCAGGACUAGCGGAAACCUUCGUUCUCCCCCCGCAUGUGCAAGAAGUGACGGCUAAUGCGAACGAUCACAGACCAGUAGUGUAA